GUUACAGCAAACCUGUUUAUAGUAACGAGCAGGAAACAGCACCGCACUAUCCAUAGAUACACAGCCGCAGGUCAUUUCAAAAUGGAUUCCAGACUUGACUGGAUGGAGGGGACUGAUGAUCCUGCAAUAGCGGUUAUAGCAGCUAAUAAUGUAUCCAGAAUAGCCCGGAGAGCCAACCAGAUCACAGAGGAAGUGAAUAGGAUAAAGCAGCGGGUGGAUAGGAUGAUUCAGACCUUUGAACGAACACACAACAGUGUCUUGAGCAGCAAACAAAGUCCUGACAUGGAGAUAUUGGAAGAUAUGGAUGAGUUGGAGAAUGUCCUACAUGACCAGGAUCAGAAGAGGAGAUACCAGCAGAAGCUAACUGUCUUUAUUGUGGGAUAUCAGGAGACCUGCGGACAAAGGAGACAUCUACUGACACAACUACAAGAGUUUUUCAGCAUCUAUUCCAAUAUUGGAGGAGAGGAAGGAGACCACCAGCUCGGACAGUCUAAUGUGGAUUUGGAUGGUAUAGCAUAUCAGGUAACUGGAGCAGUGAAAUCUGCAGAAGCUGCAAUGUCCCGUCUGGCUGAUAUUCACACUGGUAUCAUGAAUUAUGUGAGUCAGACACUAUCUGCAGGAACCCAGGGUAAAUGGAAAUCUUCACAGGACAGGGGACGGAAAAAGCUGGAGAAAGUGUUGGAGCAGACGAGACUAGACAUUGUGCAGCUCACUGACCAGCUACUGCAAGCAAAGGAAGAUCUAACAUUAAAAGACCAGCAGAUGAAGGAACUCCAGAAACAGAAUGAGUUGAGAAUGCUGGAGAUCCAACACUUUAAGAGCCAGCUGCAGGCCACAAAAAAAAGUCUACAAAGUCUACAAGAUGAAACCGCAACACAACGGUCACUUCUUGAGGCUGAACUCAGAAGACAGGCAGGGAAGUUGGAGGAGCUUGGUAGUAGGGCUGCAGUAGGAAUAGAGCAGCUUACCGAUGCCAGCACUCAGUGGGAAGUUCUAGAGUCCAUGUGCGGAGAUGGUGAAAGAGACAUUACUUCAUUCAGCGAAGGGGAACAGAAUGUCCUUGAGGACUCUAUGGAAAUCACUGAGAAAACAUCCAUAAUAGAAUUAAUUGAUGAACAAAGUGAUAUGCAGAACUUUGAAACGAAAUUCAGCACUAUAGACACUGGCAGUGAAGAAGCGCCCCGACCUGAGUCUUUGGAAUGUUUUGUUCAAUCUUUUCCUGUAUAUGAAGAGAACAUUUCUGAUAUAACAGGGUCCCCUGUGGCGGGGGAGUAUGAUACCGUUAUUACAUUAGCUAGUGUCAUCACUUCAUCACUUCCUCCAUCUGAGGGCAGAGAACAUACUGUAACACCACCAUCUGACAUAUCAGCUUUACAGCUACGGGGUGUGUCUGAGGUGGAAAUCCAUCACACAGACAAUGAUCAGUCUGAAAUGUACCCUCCUACAUCCUCUGCUAAACCUGAAGAAAGAAAGAAGCUAAUUUUAGCCCCUUGUGUAUCUCAGGACAAUAUGACAUCAUCUGAAGAUAAGCUUAGUCAUCUGAUUUCACCUCCUGUGACAGAAGGAAAGGACCAGUCUGCACAUUCAGCCUCGGGAGGCAUACCAGAGAGUAAUCCGUCACCUAGUGGUGAAUCUAAUAUUACAGCAUCAUGCCAUGAGCCUGCCAAGGAAAGCCAUCUUGUAUUAUCAACACCUAUGUCUGAAAAGUUUCCCAUUCCAAUUACAGCCUUCCAGUUGACUCAUGAGGGAAUACAAUGCUCUCAGUCUGACAGCAGUGACACUUUAGUUCAGGUGCCUAAGAAGAAUACUAGUAAUAUCACAUUGCUCACCAAAAAGGAUACUCAGCUGAUGAUUACCCCAUCAAAUAUUAAGGAAAAUCCUGAUUUUCCACUAGAGUUCAUAAUGGACAAGAUAAUCCUCCCUGCAGAGAACACAUUGGAAGCACUUUCUCCUUCGUAUGAGCGCGAUGAUCUUACUGCAACAGUUUCUGAUGACAGCGCACGGUACAGCCUAUCCGUUCCUGUGCCUGACAUGGCUACCCUACGUCUCACGUCGCGUCCUGUGCUUGAUAAGACCACUGAGCUUAUUACAUCACUGGCUGUACCAAGUGAUGAUCCUAAUGCUGCAGUCAAUACCCAGCCUCCGGGGGCACAUGAAGCACAAGUUAUUGCAAAACUAAAUGAAGAAUCUUUCCUCUCUAGUAGCAUUGGGUCUAUACGUCAACCAGCUGAGUCAACUGUGCUCUGCGAAGACCAGGCAGGAAAAAAGACAGAAUGGGCAUCCCAUCUAGACGAGGUGUCAGCUGUGAAAAGCCCUGGCAGUAGUGAUCGGCAUGCACAGUUAUGGCCGGUAACACAAAGAUUGCACAAAUGUGUGCAGGAAAUAAGAGACUUGCUUACUACUGAAGGCUUUCAGUCAUUGGCUGAUGGUUUAACAGAAGGGAUCCGAGACAAUAAUGGAGAUGCAAUAUCUGAGAAUCUUACACAGCUUGAAAACUUCUUAGCAGUGUUUCACAGCUUACUACAAACUACCAAAAGAAAGAGUCCUGAGCACACGCAGUUAAGUGAUGAAUAUUUACAAGAUGCUGAUAUAACAAAUGGAAACAAGAUGACUGGAAAAAACAGCCCUCUGCUGUUAAUAUAUACAGAAAAUGGAACCCAAACUUGUGAUGAUCUUCCAAUGAAUUCUCCCAUCAGUCAUGAUUCUAGCAGUACUCACUCACUGAUCUUUACUCGUCUUGAUGAAGAACACAACAGACGAGUAUUACAGCGGGCAAGGUACCAGGGCAGGAUACCCAUUAAUUUAUACCAGGACGCCAGCAGAGUGAUGUCCGCUUACAGCACGAUGCGCCAGGAAAGAUUGCGGGUUCUGGUUUGGGGAUAUGUUCUACAUAUUGCCUGGAAAAGAGCUGAGAACCUCUUACAAAAGCAGUGUCUCCUCAGACCACAGGUCACACCCACCCUAAGUAAGCUACAAAAGCAGAGAGAUCAGGUUCUCCGUCGAUGGAGGAGGAAGAUGAUGCAGAGCCAGGAGGAGCGGAUUGCUCUUUCAGCAGCUGUACACAAGACCUUACAAGAUGUGCAGGAGGAGAGUGGCAUAUUUCUCAUCAAACCUGUGCUUUCCUGGUCUGCAAGCUCAUCAGCGAUGGAGACUCGCAAACAAGGUCGCCUUCGCCGUGAAGCACUUCUGCAGCCUGCUUUCCCUUCACUGGACCAGGAUGGUCUUUUGUGCUAUGGCAGAGCUACAUCCCAUAUGUCCAAACAAAGGAAGAUCAUACACCCCCACACUGAGGUGAGACCACUAGUGAUCACCCCCAAACUGCAGGAGAUGGACGUGCACAGGUACUUGUGCAAGGAAUGCUGUGUGAUGUCACAGCUACACGAUUCUUCCCCUGGAUCACCUGUAAAAACCACUUGUCUCCAAAGAAAUCUAGUCAGUAUCACAAGGACUUCCUCUUUCCCUGCAUUGUGAUAAGGAGACCAUGUUUUCUACAGUUCGUCAAUAUACUACAUUGGAGGAAUACAUUUAUUGAGAAGUUAAUUCACAUUUAACAAAAUAGAGGAGAUGAAUAAUUAAACAUUUUUGUU